AUGAUACGUUUGGCCCGCAUUGGAAUGUCCUCAGGUAAAAAACAGACCACCUUGGCGGCUUUCUUCAGCUCCAAAAAAAGAGACGGCGACGAGACGUCAAAAGUUGAGAAAACCGUCAAGAAGCCCAAAAUAAACGAUGGAAUCGAGAAACUAGACAAUGCCGAAGCUAAUGAAUCAAAGAGAGUCUCACCAGAGCUCUCUUCCACUCCAGGUCAACCCCCAGUUGAGAAAAAGCUCGAGGACCCAUCUCCUGUGUCUUUGAAACCUACUAAACCUGUUGUCAAAAACGAUAUUCCGGAUGCUGCAGAAAUAGUCCCAACGGCCCCUAAACAGUCUAAGAUCCGGUAUUCGGAAAUCUGCAAUGUAUUCAACGAGAUCGAAAAUACUUCUUCAAGGCUCCAGAUUGUGAAGCUAUGCAGUGAUUUCUUGUAUUCUGUGCUGUCGAACACUCAAAACGAUAUCGUGCCAAUCACUUACCUUUUGAUAAACAGAUUGGGUCCAGAUUAUCAGCUCGGACUGGAACUGGGGCUGGGUGAGGGUCUACUCAUGAAGACCAUCAGCGAAAGUUGCGGAAAAUCUUUGGCACAAGUUAGGACCCGGUAUCGUGAGCUCGGUGAUUUGGGCCGUAUAGCACAGGAGGCGAGAGCCGUUCAGCCUACUAUGUUCAAACCCAAGCCACUAACUACUGGUGAAGUGUUUACCAAUCUGCAGACCAUUGCCAAGGCCCAGGGAAAGGAUUCGCAAUUGCGGAAAAUCCAGCUGAUCAAGAAAAUGUUGACUGCUUGUGAGGGCGUAGAGGCUAAAUUUCUGAUAAGAUCUUUGGAAUCCAAGCUGAGAAUAGGGCUUGCUGAAAAAAGUGUGUUAAUCGCGCUUUCCAAGGCUAUCUUAACGUAUGAACAUAACGGUAAAGAGCCCUCAAGUACAGCGGUAGAUGCAGCUGAAGAGAAAAUUCGUGAUGCUUUCUGCCAAAUACCGAACUAUGAAAUUGUGAUAAAAAGUGCCCUUGAACAUGGAAUUAUGAACCUGGAUAAGCACUGUGUGCUGACACCGGGAAUCCCGCUCAAGCCGAUGCUGGCUAAACCGUCCAAAUCUGUGUCUGAAGUACUGGACCGCUUUCAAGGACACAGAUUCACCUGCGAGUACAAGUACGAUGGUGAAAGAGCCCAGGUUCACCUGUUGCCCGAUGGGACCAUGCACAUAUACUCUCGAAAUGGCGAAAACAUGACGGAAAGAUAUCCCGAGAUUAAAAUCAGCGACUUCAUUGCAGACAAAGACGCAACACAUACACUUAUCCUGGACUGUGAGGCUGUUGCUUGGGAUAAAGAGCGAAACACAAUUUUGCCUUUCCAGGUACUAAGCACGCGAAAAAGAAAGGGCGUGGUGGCCGAAGACGUGAAAGUUCGGGUUUGUCUCUUUGCGUUCGACAUUCUGUGCUACAACGAUGAGCCCUUGAUCAGUCGUUCUUUUGCAGAACGUCGCGAGUACUUGCAUCGGGCACUGAAACCAGUUCCGGGAGAAUUGCAGUUUGCAAGCGAAAUGACCACUACAAGUCUAGAAGAGAUGCAGCACUAUUUGGACCAAUCUGUAAAGGACUCGUGCGAGGGUCUGAUGGUGAAAUCACUGGAUGGCGAGGAUUCUCAGUAUGAGCCCAGCAAACGGUCCCGGAACUGGCUCAAGUUGAAAAAGGACUAUCUACAGGGCGUGGGUGACUCUUUGGACCUGUGCGUUCUGGGUGCGUACUAUGGACGAGGAAAGCGUACGGGCACUUACGGCGGCUUCUUACUGGGCUGUUAUAAUCAGGACAGCGGCGAGUACGAGACAUGUUGCAAGAUCGGCACCGGGUUUUCUGAUGAAAUGCUGCAAAAGCUGUAUGACGAUCUCAAACCCACCGAGAUUGGCAAACCGAAGGCCUUCUAUGUGUUCAGCGAGUCGGCCCCGCCGGACGUGUGGUUCGAGCCCACCAUGUUGUUCGAGGUGCUGACUGCAGAUUUGUCGCUUUCGCCGGUCUACAAGGCCGGUUCCGGCUCUUACGACAAGGGCAUUUCAUUACGGUUUCCAAGGUUUAUUCGCAUACGUGACGACAAGGCUGUGGAGGACGCCACGUCUUCCGAGCAGGUUAUAGAGUUUUACGAGGCACAAGCACAUGUGAGCUGA